AUGGGGAUUCAUUAUGCCCGUGCUAAAACCGAUUGUGAUGAAGAAAGAAAGAGAGAUCCUGUAAAAUGUAAACCGUACGAUGCAAGAAGCCCUGCCACGAGAAAAGGUCUUCCAAAGUGCCAUAUGAUGGAAAAGGUCGAUAAUUUGACACGGAAAGAAAUCCCUCCUCCAUUUUCUUAUUUAUUAAGUGAUCAAAAGCAAUCCUUCCUGAUGAACACAGUAUUUGGAAACGUUCUGCUUGGUGCUUGCUUGGCAUAUCAGUUACAAGACCAUGGUCGACCCAAUACAAGGUUUGUUAGUAGCCUCAUAAGGGGCAAUUUUGUUGCAGACAAUGUAACCGUGCGAUGUUCUGAGUUUACUGAUCUCCCAGUCGGUAUUGACAACAGGACAUCCUUUGAUUUGACUGAACUGAACAUGUUAAGCCAGCCUGACUUGACUUCUAUCUUCACUGACCACAUAGUGAUAGAUAAAAGUGAAUCUAACUCUUUAGAACAGAGAACAGUGUUGCAAGGUGAAUCAGCUGAAUGUUAA